AUGGUGCAUGAUGUGCUGGUGCAGCACAAUCAAGCACUCUUCGAUCGCCUGGAGAACUGGCUUCUGAACUUGGACCUACGACUCCACCAGAUCAGUGAUCAGGCAGACUGGCCCAGAAGGGCCCCAGAUUCGCCAGCUUUCGCAUCUCACUUGUCCCGGGUCUUGGAAACGGAGGAGGAGGGCGAUCACCAGGAUCCCCUGCUGCUGGAUUGGAUCGUUCUGGCAGCAUGCGCAGAUGCUUGUCUGCAGAGAGGCGAACUGGCAGCGGCCCGCAAGAGGGCCACAGAAGUAGUCGAUGCCUUCCACCUCGAGAAGAUGGAGCAAGAGAUAGUCGAAGAGCCCCAGGAAGUGAAGGGCUGUUGGGGGCAUAGCUGCCGACUGGCAGCUCGAAUCCUCGCCUCCCAGGUCUCGCACGUUUUCUUCGCCUUGGUGGUGGUCUCCAACUCUGUGUACCUGGGAGUGCAGCUUGAAUACCAGGCGGUCAACAAGGACUACGGAUCAAACGACGGGUUUAUGGUGCUACACAUCGUCUAUGCCAUUCUUUUCACGUUGGAGGUUUGCUUACACCUCAUGGCGGAGGGCAUUCGGGGAUUCGUUUGUGCCGAAGACUGGACGUGGAACUGGCUGGAUGUAUUUGUCGUGACUUCCUCCUGGGUGGAGCUGCUGGUAGACUUGACAAGCUCGGGAGACAGCACGAGCCGGGCCAAUAGCAAUCUGCGGCUCAUGCGCCUACUCCGUGUUGGUCGUCUAUUCCGCGUCGUGAGGAUCAUCCGCGUGGUCAAGUUCUUCCGGUCUCUACGAACUCUGGUUCACUCGUUGGUGGGCACCUUGAGAUCUCUGGUUUGGGCAAUGAUCCUCCUCGGGCUGAUCAUUUACAUUUUUGGAAUCCUGCUUACAGACGCGGUGCUUGAUGCAGUGGUCGAGGCCGAAUCCUUACAGAUUCCUCUUCCUGAGAAUGGAAGUGGAGAGAACGUGGCCCACUACUUUGGGACCUUGUACCGCUCCAUUGUUACCCUUUUCAGAACCAUCUCCAACGGUGUGACAUGGCAGAAUCCCGACGAUCUGCUUGUUGGCAUGAAUUCCCUGGGCGAAUUCUGGGCCCAAAUCUACCGCUUUUACAUCGCAUUCUGUAGUUUCGCGGUACUUAAUGCACCCAGGCUGCAGAUGCUUGAGUACCGGUUCACAGCUUCUUCGGAUUUGUUGUUUUGUUUUUUCCAGGGCUGGGCUAUGCAUCUGCCUGGCUUUGUUAGCCAGCUUGCUCCCUUGCUUUAG